AUGCUCACUGACAUCGAUUGCAUUCUCGCCGGUUUCCCGUGCAACGACUGCUCGUGUGAAAAUUUACAGCGACCCGGUUUGGAGUCUGGGAUGUCGACUCGACACGUCUCGCACGUCUUUCGCCUGCUCGAAGGUCAGAGAGUUCCAUGGGUCGUCCUGGAGAACGUCGUCGGCUUGUUGAAGUGGCACGGCUCCGGUACCGACGCGGAACAGCGCCCAGCGAUCGAUUACAUCGUCUCUGAACUCGAGAACUUGGGAUAUCGUUGGGCGCAUCGAGUCGUCGAUUUACUCUCGUUUGGGUUACCUCACAAACGACGAAGAGUGUUCAUCGUCGCUAGUCUCCAUGGAGAUCCGCGAGAUGUAUUACUUUCGCAGAACGCGAUGUGCCAGGGUGAGUGUGUGCAAAUCGGGACGCAGAGCGAGUGCUACGACUGUUUCGUUACGCCACCGAGAGUACCGACAAAAGUCUUUGCCGCGUCUAUCGACCUCGGAGAAAAACGCCGAGCUCCGUGCUGCGACAUCAUGCACUGCUUCACGACAUCGAACGGUCGUCGCACGUGUGUAGCGACCAAAAAGGGAAACAAGGGCAAGGCGGAGCUCAAUAUGUUGGCGAUCGAGGACGCAGAGCGUCUAAUGGGCUUUCCGUGUGGAUACACUGAACCGUGCUUUCCUCUGGUUGCGCCGAAUCAGAGGCAUCCAGUGUUCGAUCGCGAACAGCAAACGUUUAGAAGAUUCGCUCUUCUCGGCCUCGCGUGCUCAGUUCCGCAGAGCCACUGGCUCGGUGAGCAGCUUAAGCGUCCUUAUAGCGUCAAGUUCUCUUAUGAUGCUCUGUCCUUACAGUUUGAGAACCCAUGCCCCGGCCCGGCGACGCGCGAUCGAGGAUCGAAAGCGUGGCCGCUCGCCGCGUACAACAUGCUGUUCGUUAACGGCGCUCCAAAGUGGACUGGGCGCAUGCGAGCGCCCAGUGACAUGUCAGAGUUUCCUUUGAUCCGAGGAUUUACGCCCUUGGGUGACUUUUUAGAGUUUACGACGAACAAGCCGGUUCGCUAUGAGCUUCGAGCCGGUUUCCUUCGGAGGCUAGAAUUGCGUCAUGAGAACAUUGAUUCCACGAUCCUAGAAGCGUUGGAUGUGAAGCGCGUCGACGGAGAAAUCGUAUCGGUGGGCCAAUCACAAUCGAAGAAACCAAAGUACGACAUUUUGGAGGGCGUGGACGACUAUGACGAACAGGCUGUGAACGAAUACUUUUCCGACUCGGGCUCCUCCAGCGACACAGAGAAGGAUGCGCUGGCGGGCUUGACAGAAGAAGAGAAGGAAAAGAGAAAGAAGGAUGAAGACGGUGAGCACGAUCUCGACGAAGAUGGCAUGACGACACAUGGGCAGGCUGUUUGGGUAGACUGGCAGGUGAGCGUACGUGGAAAGAAGAUGUUUUACCCGGGAGUCGCGUUGCAUCCGCUCGACGAUCACGCCGUCAUUCCCGAGAGUGCUCGAACGGGCGGGUUCGCCUCGAAAGUUUCCGACGACGAACACAGAUUAGUGGUGUUUUUCGACGACAAGCAUUCAUUCGCCUGGGUGAAAAAGUCCAAGGUGUAUCCGUUCUGUACGUUCUAUGCUGAGGCGAUGAAGCAACCAAUGUUCACAGCGAGAAGCACUUUCACGCGCAUGAUCGAUCGCGCGCGUCGCUGGACGAAUGCCAGAAAUCUCGAGCGCCCUCAAAAUCCAGUCGUGCAACGUAACAAUCAGCGGCUGUUCACCGAUCCAACACCUUGUGGAAAGUGUAACGUGUGCGUCGCCGAGACUGUGGUGAACGAAUCCUCCGUCCCCAAGCGCAAGACGAGAAAUUCACUUGUGACGGACAUGAAGUUGAGCGUCGGCAGCAAGCGCCAAUCCAAGUGCCUUCAGCUGAAAGUCAUCGAGCUCGCGCGUCAGGGACAAAUCGGAGCGACACUGACGCUUCGAAAAGAACGCGCCCUGGGCCAGAGACUUGUCGUGCUAUGGGAACGAGACAACGCAUUCUUCGCCGGGACGCUCACCGACUUUGACCCGCACAAGUUUUCCUUCCGUAUCGACUACGACGACGGCGACGUCGACGUCGACUUCAAACCGUGGGCCGAAUCAGUCGCCCUCGCACAAGACGUCCCAAAACCCGCCGAUGUCGACGUCGCGCUCGAACUCAAGAGGACCAACGCUCGAAAAGCGGUGUGCGCCAAGAACGCUCGAAACCACGUAGACGGCUCCGCCGUCGAGUCCCCGCUCGACGGCAAGACCAUGCGUCGAGACGACAACGGCGUCGCCGUGCAGCUCAAACGAUGA